GUGGGGGCGGGGUAUGGCGCGCUGUGCGGCGCAGGGCGGCUGGCACAAACGGCGACGCCGGGGCCGGAGGAAAAAGCUCGCCACCCUGACGGGUCCCCUCCCAAGCCCCUAGGGACGGCAGAGGACUUGGGGACCAGCAAGCACCCCCAGGGCACAAGAAGAGCCCCUUCCGCCUGCCCUGCCUUAUCCUGCCCCACACCAGGCCCGGCUGCCCCGGCCUCCAGCUACAUCGAGUGGAGGAGGAGGAGGCGGAGGAGGGUGGCACCAUGGGCCCAGGCAGUGCCCUCCAUGCCCAGGGGAUGAAGACGCUGCUGCCAUGGACAGCUUGUGCCAGUCGCAGGCCCUGAGUCAGGCUCUCCCUCAGUUGUCAGAGUCUGUGUCGGAGCCUUUGGAGCCUGGCGGGGCCAGGAUGGGGGUGGAGAGUUACCUGCCCUCUUCCCUGCUACCCUCCUACCACUGUCCGGGAGUGCCUGGGGAGGCCUCGGCAGGCAGUGGUAGUGGGACCCCCAGAGCCACAGCCACCUCCUCCACUGCCAGCCCUGCAUGUGAGGGCUUUGGUGGGCAGGGCGGUGGCGAGCUGCAGCCACUGCAGAGUGAGGGUGCUGCAGCACUGGUCACCAAAGGGUGCCAGCGACUGGCGGCCCAGGGUGCCCGGCCUGAGGCCCCAAAGCGGAAAUGGGCAGAGGAUGGUGGGGAUGCCCCCGCGCCCAACAAGCGGCCCUGGGCCAGGCAGGAGAACCAGGAGGCAGAGCGGGAGAGUGGUGCAGGCUGCCACAGUGGUAGUGGUGGAGAAGGUGCCAGAUUGAGCGAGGAAGCACUGCCCAUUGCAGCUGAGCGGCUGGCCUUGGACUACGUUGUGCCCUGCAUGCGGUACUACGGCAUCUGCGUCAAGGACAGUUUCUUGGGGGCCACACUGGGGGGCCGCGUGCUGGCUGAAGUGGAGGCCCUGAAGCGAGGUGGGCGCCUGCGCGACGGGCAGCUAGUGAGCCAGCGGGCUAUCCCGCCGCGGAGCAUCCGCGGGGACCAGAUCGCCUGGGUGGAAGGCCAUGAGCCAGGAUGCCGGAGCAUCGGGGCCCUCAUGGGCCAUGUGGACGCGGUCAUCCGGCACUGCGCUGGGCGGCUGGGUGGCUACGUCAUCAAUGGGCGCACCAAGGCCAUGGUGGCGUGUUACCCCGGCAAUGGGCUGGGGUAUGUAAGGCACGUUGACAAUCCCCACGGCGACGGGCGCUGCAUCACCUGUAUCUAUUACCUGAAUCAGAACUGGGACAUCAAGGUGCAUGGUGGUCUGCUGCAGAUCUUCCCUGAGGGCCGGCCUGUGGUAGCCAACAUCGAGCCACUCUUUGACCGACUGCUCAUUUUCUGGUCUGACCGGCGGAACCCCCACGAGGUGAAGCCGGCCUAUGCCACCAGGUAUGCCAUCACUGUCUGGUAUUUUGAUGCCAAGGAGAGGGCAGCGGCCAAAGACAAGUAUCAGCUAGCAUUAGGACAGAAAGGUGUCCAGGUGCCGGUAUCACAGCCGACUACGCCCACCUAACGGCCAUUCGCAAGCCACCUGGACAGACAGCCCGCCUGACUUCAGGAGAGCCCCAGGCCUCCUCUUGCCAGGCUGGCAGCCCACCCGUCUCGGGUGCCUGCUCUUCCCCACCACCGCUGCUGCUUCUGCCUUUGCCUCUGUGCUGCCUGGUGUCGAGGGCUCUGUCUGCCACUGAGGACCCAGGAGUUAGGGAGACCUCUGCUGCCCUGUGAUGGCGGGUGCGGCUGGGGUCGUGACCUGGGCAGGGGCCAGCAUUGAGGGUUAUCAUUACUGGAGCUGGGGGCUCUUUUUGGUUUUACCCUCAUCAGGUGUGGAUAGAUGGGAGGAGGCAUUGCCACCUCUUACCAGGAUGCAGGAUUUGGGGUUGGGUGAGUCAUGGCCUCUUGCUGGCAAAGGUUUUUGGGGGGUGUUCCUCAAGGCCCCCCCCCCCCACUCCUCCAGCCUGGAAUGUGAAGUGACUCUCCAACCCCUUUGGCCAUGGCACCUUUUGGACUGGGCUGCCACUGUUUGGGCAGGGUGAGAGGUGCUGGGAGGGGCCUGAGCGUGGAAGUCUUGUCAGCCAAGAAAUAAAAGUUUACCUCAGAGCCGUACA